GGAAGGAAUGGGGAAAAACAAGGCUGGCAAAGUUGGCCUACUGGAAAGUGGACGGUGAGGCGGACGGGCGGGGCUGGAAGGGAUUCUUGCCCGAGCCAACCGGUGGCGCCGGGACGGGGGACGUCACGGCCAAUGGACAGCCAGCGCGGGAUUUUCAACUUUUGUUCCGCCCAAUCGGGCAAAGAGUGCGCCUAUAAAGACGGCGGCGGCGGAGCGGCGUCUCGUUUCCCUGCCUGCCGCUGCGCGGUGAGACCGGUGCUUGUCUCGCCAUGGCGCGUACGAAGCAGACCGCCCGCAAGUCCACCGGCGGCAAGGCCCCGAGGAAGCAGCUGGCCACCAAGGCGGCCCGCAAGAGCGCGCCCGCCACGGGCGGCGUGAAGAAGCCGCACCGCUACCGGCCCGGCACCGUGGCCCUGCGCGAGAUCCGGCGCUACCAGAAGUCCACCGAGCUGCUGAUCCGCAAGCUGCCGUUCCAGCGGCUGGUGCGCGAGAUCGCGCAGGACUUCAAGACGGACCUGCGCUUCCAGAGCUCGGCCGUGAUGGCGCUGCAGGAGGCCAGCGAGGCCUACCUGGUGGGGCUGUUCGAAGACACCAACCUGUGCGCCAUCCACGCCAAGCGCGUGACCAUCAUGCCCAAGGACAUCCAGCUGGCCCGCCGCAUCCGCGGGGAGCGGCACCCGGAGGGAGCUGUGCCGCUUGCGUCCCUCGUGUCUUCCGGGGUCGGGGCGUGGGAUAAUGCCCCGUGGGGGCCGGGGGUCAGACCUACUCCCCUUCUGCGGCCCCAUCUGGAGCCUUGCAGAGUUCGAGUUCGGCCAGUUGUCCUUUCCGGCCUGGCGGUCCUCCUCGCUGACAGGGCGCACGGUUGUGGUCUCGAGCGGUGCCCACCGUUUCCAGGCGCAACCUUGCGGACCGCCUUUUCCAGGGCUUGGUGUACUGGACUGCGGCCCAGAGUCAACUGCCUGGGUGUGGGAAGAGGGGUGGAGUCUGACUGCAGGCCGAGAGUCACUGCCCGACGCUCGGGACUUGCAUUCGACCGCGCUCCCGCCCUGGCCUUUGCGCGAGCGAAGGGUGUGCGUUCGCUUUCUCCCUGCUCUCUUCAGAGCCGUGCCCUUCCCAGGCAAGCGACUGUUGGCUUCCGCCAGGGCUAUAGUAACCUACCCCCACCCACCCUACAUUGUGCUCCUACGCCAAAAGCCCUAGGUCGGAGGUUGUUCCUACUUGUUAACGUGGCCUUAAAAGAACAUUUCCUGGACCAGUUUCAUACCAUGGCGCGUACGAAGCAGACCGCCCGCAAGUCGACCGGCGGCAAGGCCCCGAGGAAGCAGCUGGCCACCAAGGCGGCCCGCAAGAGCGCGCCCGCCACGGGCGGCGUGAAGAAGCCGCACCGCUACCGGCCCGGCACCGUGGCCCUGCGCGAGAUCCGGCGCUACCAGAAGUCCACCGAGCUGCUGAUCCGCAAGCUGCCGUUCCAGCGGCUGGUGCGCGAGAUCGCGCAGGACUUCAAGACGGACCUGCGCUUCCAGAGCUCGGCCGUGAUGGCGCUGCAGGAGGCCAGCGAGGCCUACCUGGUGGGGCUGUUCGAAGACACCAACCUGUGCGCCAUCCACGCCAAGCGCGUGACCAUCAUGCCCAAGGACAUCCAGCUGGCCCGCCGCAUCCGCGGGGAGCGGGCUUAAACUAAGUACGUUUUUGAGCAGUCGAUCCAAAGGCUCUUUUCAGAGCCACUCACGUUUUCAUCAAGAGCAGCUGUGUCAGCUUUCCACCUAGUCUGCCUCUACUAUGCCGUACCUUUGUUCUCAGUAGAGGAUUAUCAGGGACACUGGCUGUGGGGGGUGAAGUUAUGAAAUCCGAAUGCCCAACCUUUGGUUGACCGGCGAUAACUGGAAACAGCAGACGCGUGGGCUUUGGUUCCGGCCCGGGUUUAUAUGCUGGUUUAGAUCUAGAGAGCUAAUUCCCCGUACAAAAUUUUGCAUGGGGGCAAGAGACAUUGUGCCGAGCUGCGAGAUUCUUCAAAGUAAAAGUCCUUUUCCCGGUUUUAUAGGUUAUAUAAGCCUAGUUUAUAGUUCUGUAUUUUCCUC